AUGUCGACGAAGAUCAAAGGAGAGCUUUUUUCUAGAAACUUCGUAUCAAAAAAGUGGACAUUUUUACUAUGCUUGGGGAGUUUCUGCUUCGGUAUAUUCUUCACCGAUAGGAUGUGGAACAUUCCAGAGUCUAAUGACAUGGCUCGACCAUCUUCUCUAAUAGAAGCUGAAAGGUUAAAGCUAAUCUCCGAAGGCUGUGAUCCCAAAACCCUUUACCAGAAAGAAGUAAAACGAGAUCCUCAGGCUUUGUUUGGAGAAGUUUCCAAGACUCAUAACGCUAUACAGACAUUGGAUAAGACAAUUUCAAGCUUAGAGAUGGAGUUAGCCGCAGCAAGAUCAGCACAAGAAUCUUUAAUGAACGGUGCUCCUUUAUCGAGUGAUAUGGAGAAGAAGCAAUUACCGGGGAAAAGGCGGUAUUUGAUGGUUGUAGGGAUUAACACUGCUUUUAGUAGCAGAAAGAGAAGAGACUCUAUUCGAACAACUUGGAUGCCUCAAGUUGAGAAGAAAAGGAAGUUGGAAGACGAGAAGGGAAUUAUUAUUCGGUUCGUGAUUGGACAUGGUGCCACGGCCGGGGGAAUUCUAGACCGAGCAAUCGAAGCAGAAGACAGGAAGCAUGGAGAUUUCUUGAGAUUGGAUCAUGUUGAAGGAUACCUCGAGUUAUCAGGCAAAACGAAAACAUACUUUUCUACAGCGGUUUCGAUGUGGGAUGCAGAUUUCUAUGUCAAAGUAGAUGAUGACGUUCAUGUUAAUAUCGCAACUCUUGGGGAAACUCUUGUUAGACACAGGAAAAAACCUCGUGUCUAUAUCGGCUGCAUGAAAUCCGGUCCAGUCCUAUCUCAAAAAGGAGUUAGAUACCACGAGCCCGAGUAUUGGAAAUUUGGUGAAAACGGGAACAAGUACUUCCGCCACGCUACUGGACAGUUAUACGCCAUUUCAAGAGACUUGGCUUCUUAUAUUUCCAUUAAUCAGCAUGUUCUGCACAAGUAUGCAAAUGAGGAUGUUACAUUAGGUGCUUGGUUUAUCGGCCUUGAUGUUACUCAUAUCGAUGACAGAAGGCUAUGUUGCGGCACUCCUCCAGAUUGUGAAUGGAAGGCACAAGCAGGCAACAUAUGUGUAGCGUCAUUCGACUGGACAUGCAGUGGUAUAUGCAGAUCCGCUGAUCGGAUUAAAGAGGUUCACAAGCGAUGUGGUGAACCGGAAAAUGCUAUUUGGAAAGCCAGAUUUUGA